GCUGGUGCUAUCGCGCGUCCGGGUAGUGCGGGGCGCGCGUAUGGGGUCUUCGUGCUCUCUAGUUUCGUGGUUUUGAAAUUUCUGGCGGGGGGACCGUAGCAUAGUUAGCCUCGAACGUAGGAGCAGAAGUGACGCCCUCCCGGGAGCUGCCGGCUGGACUCAGCUGCAGCGGAGCUGGAGGCUGAGGUGCCUGACUGAACAGGCGCACGUGUGGGUGUCGCUGAGGGAGCGGCGGGCGCCCGGGCAGGUGUUGGCCGCCGGCGAGUCCGCGCCUCACGGAGGGGAGAGAAGUCUGGGACGCGCGGGUCCCCGACUUCUCUGUCGCGGCCCGUGCGCUUCGCCCUAGCUAUGCUGUGGAGCCGAAACCGCGCUGGAGUCGGCUGCCACUUGCAAAGCCUCCCCUCGCCUGUGCUCCCGGCUCGGCAGCGCCGCGGCUGCCACUGAUCCUCCGAGGGGGAUGCCCGGGGGCCUCACAGAACCGACCGGAGCCGCUCCCACCGCCGGUGUGAGUACCUCCGGGACCGUGACCAUGGCCCCCGCCGGGGCCCUGCCGGUCCGGGUAGACAGCACGUCCGUGGCUGUGGGUUCUGUGACUAAAGCUCCUGUCAGCGUCUGCGUGGGGUCCACAGCCUCCCAGCCCCUGCGGAAGGCGGCCCCCCUGGGAACCCUGGUGACCAAAGUGACUUCUGUCAGUGCUGUUCCUAAACUGAGCAGCGGCCCCAGGCUGCUUACACCCCAGAUAGUCGCUGCGAAAGCCCCCAACACAACAAUCCUGAUGCCUGCUAAUUUCCAGCUUCCUCCAGGAACAGUUGUGAUCAAAAGUAACAAUGGUCAGUUGAUGUUGGUAUCUCCUCAGCAAGCUUUAACAAGAACUGACACAAGUACGGUAACUUCAAGGCCAGCAGUACCAGCUAAUACUCAAACAGUCAAAAUCUGUACAAUGCCGAAUUCUAGCUCACAAUUAAUCAAGAAAGUGGCAGUGGUACCUGUUGUUAAAAAAUCAGCACAAAUAGAAACCACUGUGGCAACCACUGUCCCAAAGUCAUCCUCAGUACAAUCUGUGGCUCUGCCAACAAAUGUCACAGUUACUCCGAAGCUGUUGAAUACUUCAAAUACCCUGAAGCCUUCAAAUUUGGGAACAACACCCAUACCCUCAAAUGAGCCCAACCCACAGGCAGAUAACUCAGCAGCUGCUCAGACUAAUUUUUCCCCGGUGAUGCUAGAAAACGUGAAGAAAUGUAAGAACUUCCUCUCAAUGUUAAUAAAACUAGCAUGUAGUGGAUCGCAGUCUCCAGAAAUGGGGCAGAAUGUGAAGAAGCUGGUGGAACAACUUUUGGAUGCAAACAUUGAAGCUGAAGAAUUUACUAGAAAACUGUAUAUUGAACUCAAGUCUUCACCUCAGCCUCAUUUAGUCCCUUUUCUUAAGAAAAGUGUAAUUGCCUUACGACAACUUAUGCCUGACUCCCAGAGCUUUAUUCAGCAAUGUGUUCAGCAGACUUCUAAUGAGGUAGUUAUUACUACCUGCACCACUACGGUAACUUCUUCUGUGGUGACAACAGCAGUUUCCUCAGUCCAGUCUGAAAAGUCCAUCAUUGUUUCUGGAGCAACAACACCCAGAACUGUGUCCAUGCAGACUCUGAAUCCACUUGCUGGUCCAGGGGGAGCAAAAACUGGGGUUGUGACACUUCAUUCUGUGGGUCCAGCUGCUGUACCCGGAGCAACAACAGCUGGAACUCUUUUGCUUCAGACUUCAAAACCACUUGUGACUUCUGUACGAAAUACAGCUACAACAGUCUCACUUCAACCUGAAAAGCCAGUUGUCUCUGGAGCAGCAGUAACGCUGGCCCUUCCAUCGGUAACAUUUGGAGAAACUUCAGCUACAGCUAUUUGUCUUCCAUCCGUGAAACCUGUUAUUACUUCUGGUGACAUUACAUCUGACAAGCCUGUCAUUGACACUCCAGUCCAAAUCAAACUUGCACAGCCGGGCCCUGCCCUUUCACAACUUCCUGGUAUUCCAAAGGCAGUUAAAGUCAAACAACUAGUAGUCCAGCAGCCUUCAGGAGGCAUCACAAAACAAGUGACUACAUUUUCAAAUUCCUCAGCUUUGAACAUUCAGAAAUCUGGACAAAAGAAGAUGCCAGUGAACACUGUAAUACCUACCAGUCAGUUUCCUCCAGCUUCCAUUCUAAAGCAAAUUACCCUUCCAGGAAAUAAAAUUCUGUCGCUUCAAGCAUCUAUUCAGAAAAAUAAAAUAAAAGAAAAUGGAACAACAUCCUUAAGAGAUGAAGAUGACAUCAAUGAUGUGACUUCCAUGGCAGGGGUCAAUCUCAAUGAAGAAAAUGCCUGCAUCUUAGCAACACACUCUGAGUUGGUUGGCACCCUUGUUCACUCAUGUAGAGAUGAACCAUUUCUUUUCAUUGGAGCUCUACAAAAGAGAAUUUUAGACAUUGGUAAAAAACAUGACAUUACGGAAUUUAACUCUGAUGCUGUGAACUUGAUCUCCCAUGCAACACAGGAGCGAUUACGAGGCCUUCUAGAAAAACUGACUGCAAUUGCUCAACAUCGAAUAACAACUUACAAGGCAAAUGAAAAUUACAUCCUGUCUAGUGAUACCAGGUCACAACUCAAAUUUCUUGAAAAGCUGGAUCAAUUGGAGAAGCAGAGAAAGGAUUUAGAAGAAAGAGAAAUGUUACUUAAAGCCGCCAAGAGUCGUUCCAAUAAAGAAGAUCCAGAACAGCUGAGAUUAAAGCAGAAAGCCAAAGAGUUACAACAGUUGGAGCUCGCACAGAUUCGGCAUAGAGAUGCUAAUCUCACAGCUCUUGCAGCUAUUGGACCGAGGAAGAAAAGACCGCUAGAAUCUGGAUCUGCAAGUGAGGGCUUAAAAGACAACUUUCUUGCUUCUGGGACAUCCAGUCUGACAGCCACCAAACAGUUGCUUCGUCCAAGAAUCACGAGAGUCUGCCUCAGGGACUUGAUAUUCUGUAUGGAACAGGAAAGGGAGAUGAAAUAUUCUCGAGCUCUAUAUCUUGCCCUUCUGAAGUGAUCACUCCACUGUCUAUUCACAUCCUUACAAUUUACUGCCAAAGAAGAUACAAACAGCAUCGUUGCACUGUCCUGAAAUUUCAAUUUUUGGAAAAUAAUCACCAAUAUAGAAGACCACUGUUUACAGUUACAGACUUUUAUUAAAUCUUACUUAUCCCAUAGGGUUUUCUUAAUUACUGUAAUUCAGCUUUAUCUUCUGAAAUUGGUUAUGAGAUAACAGUUUACACAAAAAUAGGUACCUGCCUACCUAUGCAUUUAAUUACAGUAAGUUAAGGGGGCUGUCUAUAGGUACCUGCUUUAUUUGCCGAACUAUUUUUAACAAGUGAAGUGUCUUUCCUUUAUACACUGUGAUGCAGGGGAAAGAAAGGAAAGGUCACUAUUUACCCCAAGAAAAAUAUAUUUAAUCCUAUACUGACCUUGUCCCAAAAUGUUAGAUUUUGUGUUUAGAAUUGGAAAUUCCUUAGCUAACUAUGACAGCCACCUUCUGUUGCUGAAGGUGGGAAGCCAUGGAACAAGGCCUGCAAUAACUUUGGUUGGCUGAGUCCCAGUUUUUCCAAAACAGAGACAAAUGGUAAUAGUUUGUGCCUGCCGUUGCUAUUCUCUGGUUCAUAUAACCAUGUACUGUUUCCGAUACCAAACGAGAGGGCAUCCUUCCCAGAGAAACCUUAAAAUUGGAACUGCUGAAUUCCUUGUGGAAAAAUCGAAAUGGUGGAAAGUAUUGGAAAGAAUGGUGGGGCAUUGAGUUCAAACUGAUAACAUGAAAAUGAAAAUGGAAUCAUAAAACAGGAAAUAUCCUGCGUAUGCCUGAAAUGGGCAAGGUGUCAGAGAUGGUAUUGGAACUCCAGAGCAACUGGUGUAUGUUUUAUUGAAGUGAAAAAUCACAACCCAACCAAAAAGGAAAUUGUAUUAAACAUUUUCAAGAAACAGCAUUUCAAAAGGGAAUAGGUUACUUUUUGUUUUAUAAUGUUUUAAAUCCCAAGAAGGGUAGUUUUUGUAAGUUAGAGCUUUUAUUGUUCUCUCUCUUAAAAUCUUAGUUACCCUACGUUUUAAACAUCUUGGUGCAUUUUAAAAAUCCUAAUUGGUGAUUAGAAAUUCUUGACAAUAGGGCUCUAUUUUGGAUUCUGUACUUAAAAGUAGUAUCAGCGUCUCACUUUUGGGGUUCUUAGCUCUAAUACACUAUGAUAAGCACAUUAUGUAUAUUUAUCAGAGGAGGAAGCUGAUGUUUUGCAAAGCAAACUCUCCUUUUUUUUUGUUUUUUCUGUUUUUGUUUUGUUUUGUUUUGUUUUUGUUUAAUCCCACCUGUGUGGAAUGUGGCUGGUGAAAAAUAAUAGCUGUAAUUAAAAACACAUGCAUAAAAAAUGAUUAAAUCCUCCAAGAAGGUUUACAAAAGGGGAAAAGCUGUACUUCUUAGGAAAAAAAAAAUUCAAGGAAAAGAACCCUCAAAUAUUUUACUCUUCAUCCUGUUCUUCCCAUUGGGACUAUUAUGGCCAUAUUCUAGACUAUGAUAAGUUUUAAACUGGCCAUAUUUUUGUUUCAGUAAGUUGAUAGGUAAAAGGCUAUAAAUUAUGUAUAUGUUAAGAGUACUUUAAGGAGGGGUCUAUACUCAAAGUUGUUUUUGUAUAUUUAAAUGCUUAGCUUUAUUUUUUGUCAAGUGCUGCAUACUCCCAUAUUUGUGUAUAAUCUUAUUGAU